AUGGAUACCAGAAUUCACAUACGGCACCUCAUUCUGAAAGAAUUAAUCGGUCGCCUAUGGUUUAUUCCCGAGUUCUUGAACCAUUUAACUGAGCUGGAGCAUCUUACGACGGAGAUCACGAAUCAGACGUGGUGGGUGCAGUGUAAAUCAGGGGAGACCCCUCCGGUGUAUUGCGAAAGGCUAGCGUUCCUUUCUCUGGCUCUCGGAGCGAAUAUAGCCAGAAUGCAUCUCAUCAAGCUGUUGAAGGUGCCGUGUCUUGUUCGACUAGAGAUAUACAAUGCCGAGGAAGGACAAUGCGAGAUAGCGAGUACAAUCGAUUCCCUCAUCGGGCUUGUCAGACGAUCCUCAUCUACUUUGAAGAUGCUCGUAGUCCGAGAUGUCUUCAUGGCAAGGUUUCAUCUCGCGCUGUUACUGGAGUUGGCACCGGGAAUUCAGUCAGUCGUUGUACAUGAUACAGAAGAUACGCCGUUCCCCGUCAUCACAGGUUCGGUCAUCGAGGUAUCUGUCGGUAAAGCUCUCGAAGGAUGUCCGAGGGCGCUUCUGAAUCUCUGCCUAGACAAGCAGUUAACGAUUCGACCACGUUUCUCACCAUAUGCAAAGCAAUUUGGAACAUCCCUCGCGAAAUACCACACAGCCAUCUACCUUCUUGAUCUUUGCGACGUGAUCUACACCUUCCUCAUACGACUCUCCAUCAUUGUUGCGGCUAACAAGGCAAUAAGACGUGUCGGGAGAUCUGGGCUGGAGGAGAUUUUCACGCAAGCCGACAAUCUAUUCUAUGAAGCCUGGAACAUGCUUAGGGAUCAAGUCCAUGCUCGCUUGUAG